CCCUCUUUCUGAUGUAUUUCCUGAGACUUUCUCUCUACACAUAUAUGCAAUUCAUCCUUAACACCAGUUGACUCUCUCUUCUCCUCAUCUAGAACUGGCAACUUCUUUGACGAGUAUUUGAACUGGCAACUUCUUUGACGAGUAUUACCCAACCCGCAGCCAUUCAAGACGCUUCCCGCGGUUUCAACCCCCCUCUCUCUCUAGAAAUUAAACCAGUCCUCUCCUCUAAAAGCCAAUCUUAUUUCAUCUUCUCCCAAAUCCACCUCUAGCCCUGAUUACUCCAUUACAAGUUGCAUCAAAAUAGUAUUAAGCAGUACUCAAAAUGAAUGACCUCCUCGCCAACUCUUUCUCUCCCUCUCCCCAACGUCCUUCCGGUGAAGUUGAGUUGUCGGAUUCAUCGGCCACCGGAGCCGGGGUCAACCUGGAUGAGUUCUUCAAAGAUGUGGAAGCCAUUAAACAUGAGCUCAGAGACGUGGAAACCCUCUACAAGAACCUUCAAACAGCUCAUGAACAAAGCAAGACCCUCCACAACGCCAAGUCCGUCAAGGACCUCCGAUCACGCAUGGACAACGACGUUACUUCCUCGCUCAAGAAGGCCAAGCUCAUUAAAACCCGUCUCGAGUCCCUUGACCGCUCCAACGCCGAUAGCCGCCGCCUCCCCGGCUGUGGACCCGGAAGCUCCUCCGACCGGACCAGGACGUCCGUCGUCAACGGCCUCCGCAAGAAACUGCAGGACUCCAUGAAUUCUUUCAACAGCCUCCGCCAACAGAUUGCUACCGAGUAUCGAGAUACCGUUCAACGCCGCUAUUAUACGGUCACCGGAAAGAACGCGGAGGAGGCGGUGAUAGACCGGCUGAUAUCGACGGGAGAGAGCGAGACGUUCUUGGCAACAGCAAUUCAGGAGCAAGGGAGGGGAAAAGUGAUUGAGACAGUGAUGGAGAUUCAGGAGAGGCACGAGGCGGUGAAGGAGAUUGAGAGGAACCUGAAAGAGCUGAACCAAGUGUUCAUGGACAUGGCUGUGCUGGUGCAAGCCCAGGGAGAGGAGCUGGACGACAUUGAGAGCCAGGUGGCCAGGGCCAACUCCUACGUCAGAGGUGGAACCCAGCAGCUCCACAAGGCCAAGAGGUUACAGAUCAAUAGCAGAAAGUGGAGCUGUUAUGGGAUCAUAUUGUUGCUUAUUAUCAUCUUGUUUAUUGUUCUGUUUGUUGUGAAGCCAUGGAAUUAAGUACUGUAGAAUAUAUGAGCCUGAACAACAGCAACAGUACUACUAUUAGGUUGGAUUGUUUUGAUGUGUGUCAUCGUACGCGUUGCAUAUGUGAUGUUAUCAUGCAAUUGCAUCCGAGGUACUGUAUAUAGUUUAUAUAUAGUACGUAUAUAUAUUGUCGAAGUUUAAACUGGAUCGAUGAACAGUAUUGGUAUUCUAAUUGAAAUUCGAUUUGAAUUUUAAAA